AGGUGGAUGACGGAGAAGUGCACAUCUGCUUCGGCCAGCUGUAGACAGGAGAGAGAUAGUGAUUAGUAGGAUGAGUUAUAACCAGCCGUCGUGUCGUUGUUUAUACAUCAACAUGCAAGAGAUCGGAAACAUCAACCGUGACCGCCUACUCCUGUCCUGACAGCCGGACUCCUCUGCACCGACACGGAAACGCUCGUUGCUCGCGGUACCGACGGGGCGCCUCGUUCCUGCAGGUUGGCUGUUGCUGGGUCAGUGUGUCUCCGGAUUGAACAUCUAAAAAUCCCCAAAAAUCUUUUAAUGUGACAGCACGGUCGCGUUGAUUGACGUGCGAGAAAACAAAGGAGACUGAUGCUGAAGCCCUCUGUGAAAUUGUGAGAUCACCUUCGCGGUUCACCUUGGAAGAAAGUAAAAAAAGAAAACGCAUGAAAGGUUGAUCAUGCAGCGGCAACCAAUCAGCACCGACCCUUGUGGGCCCAACAUGCAGCCUGGACCCUGUGUGUUCAUCGGAGGUGGCCCUGGUUUACCUCGACAGCUCACAACCCAGGAACCAAUGCUGGUCAGCCUAUCAGAGGAGCUCAAGAAACAGUCUUCAUUGAGCCCCAUGCAAGCUGCCAUUGCACCUGUGAGACUGACGGAUGAAAUGCAGUCAGGGCAGCCAAAGUCCGGCUCCACUGCAACGACACUGAUGAGCAUUAGCCGGCCGAGACCGACCGCUUUGGGAACAAAACCUGCUCAUAAGUCUCCCAGAAUCUUAGAGGACCUCUCAAAGGAAAUAGAUUUGAUCCCAGUUUGUAUCCCAGGACCUCAUAGUGCCAACCUCACGUCGCAUUCCCAGACAGAGGCCUCCCUCUGCCGCCACAGUCCUCAGAGCCCCCGCAGCCCUCAGUCUUUCACCGGCCAGCCUUACCUGAGCACCACCAACACCCUCAGCCCUCAGCCACAGAGAACCCCCUCCCCUGGGGGCUCCACACCAAGCCAAGAGCAGCCAGAGAACAAUGACUUCAGGGUGUACAUUGUCACGUGGAACGUGGGAUCAGCUGUCCCGCCAGAUGACAUCACUUCUCUGUUCGGACCAAAUGUUUCAGAUGGGAGCGUUGACAUGUUUAUCAUCGGACUCCAGGAAGUGAACUCCAUGAUAAACAAGCGGCUGAAGGAUGCUCUUUUUUCAGACCAGUGGAGUGAGCGUUGCAUGGACACACUCAGUCCUUUUGGAUAUGUUUUGGUGGCGUCCCAGCGUAUGCAGGGAGUGCUGCUGCUGGUUUUCUCCAAAUUCUGCCACCUUCCAUUCCUCAGAGGUGUGCAGACAGAGAGUACGCGCACAGGACUUGGGGGAUAUUGGGGGAAUAAAGGGGGCGUGAGUGCGAGGAUGACGAUGUUCGGCCACCCGGUGUGCUUUCUCAACUGUCACCUGCCCGCUCACAUGAGGAACCUGGAGCAGCGCAUGGAGGACUUUGAAAGCAUCCUGCAGCAGCAGCAGUUUGAAGGAGGCACUGCCACGGGUGUCCUGGACCACGAUGUUGUUUUUUGGUUUGGGGAUUUAAAUUUUCGUAUUGAGGACUAUGACAUCCAUGUGGUGAAAUGUGCCAUCGAGAGCAGUAAGCUUCCUCUUCUGUUGGAGCGAGAUCAGCUGAACAUGGCUAAAAACACAGAAUCUGUCCUUGAAGGCUUCCUUGAGGGACCUUUAAAUUUUCCUCCCACUUAUAAGUUUGAUGUGGGCACUCAUACGUACGACACCAGUGCAAAGAAGAGGAAACCGGCCUGGACAGAUCGCAUCCUCUGGCGCACUCGUCGCACCGGCUCCCCAGUUCCUACCCACAAUGCAGCACUGCAGCGGGGUCUGACCUCGUGGCUGGGUGGAGUGACUAAAGUGACACAACAUGUGUACCGAAGUCACAUGGGCUACACCAUCAGCGACCACAAGCCUGUUUCUGCCGUGUUUUCACUGCAUUUCCCAUUCAAGGUGGAUAUGCCCCUGGUGGAGCUGCAGGUAAACAAGGUGUGGUGUAAAGUCUCAGAAGCUACAGUUCGAUUCACAGUUGCAUCGAAUUAUCAGCGAAGCUCGUGGGACUGGGUAGCAAUAUACAAGGUUGGAUUCAGACAUCACAAAGAUUACCAGGCAUACAUAUGGGCCAAGGGAGAGCAUGCAACACAGGUGACAUUUUCAGAAGAGGAUUUGCCGAGAGAUGAUGGUGAAUACAUCCUGGGCUACUACAGUAACAACAUGAACACCAUUGUUGGACUGUCAACGCCAAUUCAGAUCAAGAUCCCCAUUUACAGCCCCACCGUGCACCGCUCCAGUAGUUCAGACGUUAGCUCAGAAGACGACAGCACUCUGGUUCUGCUGGCUCCAUGCUCCCGCAGCCCGAGCCCCAAAAAUGGCAAACACCACCACCACCACCACCACCGCCAUCGCCGCAGUCGCAGCCCCGCCCUCCCUGCUCUCUCCUCCAACCCCCUCCCUUCCCUACAGGGACUCAGCCUUUGUCCUCGCUCCAAAGAAGGACAGACUCUCUCCCCCUCAUCUGCUGCUAAGAAGGAGCGACUUGUUUCGCCGGACACUGUGUUGUCCCCCACCAUCAGCCCGCUCACCCCCCGCAGCCCAGUGUCUCCAGGCGGGGGGGUGACUGCACCCGAGGCUUUGAUUGCUGCCAUCCUAGGUGAACACAGACCAGCUCAGGUUAGCCCCACAGGGGUCAAACACAUAGGAAAGACAGGGAAAACAGACACAUAGGAUAUGAACAUCUAUUUUUAAAGGAAUACUUCACACAAAGAAAGCCCAUUUGUGUAUCAAUAAUUCACCCUAUGUUAUUUUGAAUAAUUAAAGACAAUGUUUCUCUCCCGUGCCUUUACAAUAACCGCCAGUAAAGAAAAAAAAAAUUGUAGUGGAACUGAAGUUAAUGUUCAACAUUUCCAUUGACAAAUACUCAAACACUUUAUGCAGUAUAAUCUAAUCCUUAUUUAUCCAUUAUGAUCGAUACUUCCCAAGCACAUUGACUUUGACAUGCAUUUAAACUAAAAUCUUAAUAUCCAAUACACUUCAGACUAGCACGGAUGAAAAUAGGCUUAAAGAGGGAGCUUUUAAAUAGUAACGUUUGAGCAAAAAUGCAUGUGUUUGCAUUAUUGGGGUCAUAGUUGUAAAAGGGUAUUUAUAUCGUUUUGCAUUUGAUUUUAGUGCAUCCCUUAUUAACUACAAUUCAUUGAGAAUUGAGAAAGGCAUGUGAUUAAAACAUGUUUGAUUCAAGAACCCAAAGUAACACAUUGUUAGUUAUUCAUAUACAAAUGGUCAUGUUGUUGGGAAAGUAUUAUAUUAAAAAGAGGUUCUGUAUAAAGAAAAUAACGGCAAAAUUCAUGCAUUCAGGGUCCGAUCGUAUCCCACAAAGUCGCAGUGCUCGUAGAAGCAGCACAUUCGGUGACUCCUAAUGUAGUUUGCAAACAUUCCCGUUGUAGCACUGCUGUACUCUGUCUCUGAAUCUGCCAUCACCUCAUACACUAUGUGUAUCCUGGAGUCAAAGAUGUGUCCAGACUCCUGAAGACAAGUGCUUUUAUUUAUAGAUUCAUAAGCUAUAUCAUACAUAAACAAACAUAUUGAAUGUGAAACCAAAGUCAGAGUAAACCUGUGAUGAAUGUGACCGGUUGUUAUUGACAGCAAUACUAAUUGGAGCUGCAACUAGACAUUUUUUUUCUUAUUGUUGGUUCCUUUGUUGAUUAUUUUUUUCCUCAAUAAUGUCCGAAAACAGUGAAAACCGUUGAUGAGGGUUAUCCUAAGCCCAAAAUGACGUCUUUAAAUGUCUUAUUUUGUCCACAACUCAUAGAGUAAACAAACCGGUUUUCUUUUGUCCUUAAAAAACAUCUAAACCCAAUUAACUGACUAUCAUAAUAGUUGGCAAUUAAUUGAAUCUUUGCAGCUCUAAUAUGGAUCCAUGUAAAUAGUCCUGUAUGAAAAAAGGAUGCUUGACCAGAAGCAUAGAUGGUAUGUUAUAGUGUGUGAGAGUGUGAGAGUGAGUGAGUGAGUGAGUGAGUGAGUGAGUGAGUGAGUGAGUGAGUGAGUGAGUGAGUGAGUGAGUGAGUGAGUGAGUGAGAGACUUUGUGCAGACCUGUGUGUUGAAACAGAAAUGUGUGAAACAUGCAUUUUUUUGACCAGAUGUUUUAAACUUUUAACUCUGUUGUUCUUGGUCUGUAUUCAGAAAAAUAAAAAGUAAACAAAAAAGGAACAUUUUACGUCCUCAGAGUUAGUAUGAAAUGUAAACGUGUCCUUGUGACUUGAACAGUAAUCUUAGAUCGAUGCUCUUUUUCCUCGCAGCCUUGUGAAUACAGCCCCUGUACAGAGUCAGUGAGUGGGCGUACUCAUGUGUAUGUUUUGUUUAAUGGAAAUUACAUUUAAUUGUGUGAGUGUGCAAAUAAAACCAGACUCACAUGGA